UCUUGUGCUUGUGGCUGAGCGACAGACAGACAGACAGACAGAGAGGAAGGCUCAAGAUGGAAGGAGGUGCGUACGGCGCUGGAAAGGCUGGGUCUGGUGUUGAUCCCAUCGCUUUCCUCAAACAGCUCCAAACCAUUCUCCGCAUCGUCAGCUGGGUUUUCUCCAUCGUUGUAUUUGCUUCCAUAGUGAAUGAAGGCUAUGUCAAUAAAGGCAACAAUCAACUUUACUGUGUCUUCAAUAAAAAUGACAACGCCUGCAACUAUGGCAUUGCAAUUGGGAUCAUGGCCUUCUUCAUAUGCAUCCUGUACCUCACCCUGGACUUCUACUUCCCACAGAUGAGCAGUGUAAAGGACAGGAAACAUGUUGUAAUGGGAGACCUGGGACUUUCAGGACUAUGGACAUUCUUGUGGUUUGUAAGCUUCUGCUUUUUGGCAAAUCAGUGGCAACAAACUCCAUCAGAAAACCUUCCUCUCAACCAAGGCGCUGAUGCUGCACGAGCUGCCAUUGCCUUUUCUUUCCUUUCCAUACUGUCCUGGGCUGGUCUAACCUUAAAGGCAUGGCAGAGGUACCAUUUGGGAGCUGACUCAUCGCUCUUCUCCCACGAUCACUUGGACGCUGGCCAUCCUCCAUACAGUACUGGAAUUGAGAACACGGAAACCUUCCAGAGCCCACCAUUUGCUGAAAACCUGGGUACAACCUCCAAGGGAUACCAAAUGCCGUCAUAUUAGAGACCAAAGGUCCUUCUUGUCAUUUAGAAGUACAGUUUCCCUUUUGUUGGCCUAAAUAGAUUUCUAAUCCAGCCUAUCAAAAAUCAGAUCUGCUCAUUGUCUUUUGUCUAUCCUCUUAGCCCCUCUACAAUGUUUGAGCUACUACUUGUCAAUUCACUCCAAAAGUCCUGAUUGACUGCGUGAACUUGCAAACAAUUUACAUUUUGCAACCAUUUUUCACAAAGAUCAAGUAAAAUUGUUGAAGGAUUUUGUAAAGCUACAUUGGGGAUUUGAUAUUUGACUCAUUAAACUGAAGCCUAUGUAGGCCAAUGGAAAAGGGAUAUUGUAAUACAGAUCUUAUCUGUGGUGCAUUGUGGUUCACUGGUUGGUUGGCUGCAAGAGUACUAAAGUGCUGUCUAAGAUCAUUAGGCUUUUCAUGUGCUAAACUGAUGUUGGGUAACCUUUCUUUAGCUGAUAGUGUAGUGUACUCACUAUAUUAGUGGUAUUGUCAUUCUUGUAUUAAUAUGUAGAAUAUACGUGGGAAACAGCCCCUUCCAACAAUAAAGCACCUACUUAGUGUUUUUAGGAACUCUCUCCUUGUUUGGGCUGUCUGUGAACUCAUGAUUCACUAUUCCACAUGAUGUGCUAGGUUUUCUAGUAGUGUAUAAAGCUUUAACUUGUCAAUGCUCAGAGCUAAGUGGGGAUGUGAAUUUUGUCUGUAUUCCUGCUGUCUGAAUUAACUGUAUAGUUGCAAAACAUAAAAAAAUGAAUAGAGCAACUUAGAAACAAGUCAGCUGAACUUUUGAAUUGGUACCAUGGAAAUAUUUUAAAAUACUGUUUUAUACAUGUGAUUGCAGAUGUAAACAAUUGAGUAGAAUAUUACUCAAGUGGUAUUGGUUGUGACUUUAGUACAGCCUGACUGUUUCUAUAUAACCUAAGGUUUGUGUGUGUGUUUUUUGUAUAGUAAUCUCAUUCUUAUAGUAGGUCUGUGAAUGGAAUUGUACAUGAAGUAGAUCAUAAAUAACCCCAAGGGGAAAGUCACCACACAUAACAGAAGGGAGUCUUUUAAACCUCUGUAAACCAGGAACACCUAAUCUAUUCUUUAAGCCUUCAGGUCCAUGCCAUCAAAGUAUGCUGGAACUCUUUUGACUACGGAUAAGAGAAUGUAAUUAAACAAUGUUAAAACAGUCUGAAGCAUCCCAUAUCCUUUUGUGAUGUAUGUAUGUGCUGCCAGUUGGGUAAGUGUAUCCUUAAUAUUUGAACUUUAACCUUUUUCACCAGCAUAAAACCUUUGUAACAAUUUAACAAAAUGGUGCCAGGGCAACAAAGUGCAAUUUUGUAUUUUUAUUUCAUAGGCAGUCAAUUAAAUGUCACAAAUGCAAGAUUCAAACAAAAUUACUUAAAUGUCAGCAAUGGUUACAAGUUUUGAAUUUAAUUUUGUAAUCACAGAUGUGCCAAGCAUUUUAUAAAAGCUAAAUAAAUAUGUGGGCUGGUGAAGUGGAAAUGUUUUCCAGAUUGAUCAUCUGGAGAUUUAUUUUGAAGAGAAAUAGGCUGGAAAGGGAAAUGGAUUAUAAUCACCAGACAUAUCUGAUUCACUUGUACUUGAAUUCACCAGUUCCUAGGAUUAUAUCUGGCAGUGUGUUUAUUUAAACUGACCACAUAUCCAGAGAAGAUGUCUUGUUAGUAAACCAACUAUAAGGUUUCCUACUUUAAAUUUAAGUAACUUCUCCACUUGAAACCAAUGUAAUGUUAACAUUACAAGAUGUAUUACAGAUUCAAAAAAUCCAAUAAAAAAACAUCUUUUCAAUGAAACACAACACUGUUGGCAAAUGGCACAGUAUAGAUACCGAAAGAGACAAAAUUAAAUGACUUCUCCCUAUAUGUGCUUAAAAUUAAUUUUAUUCUUAAUAUCAAUUUAACAGGGCUAAAUUAGCUGAUAUUAACUCCACACUGACACACACUGUUGAGUUUUUGUUUUGCAGAGAAACAGUGCCUUUUUUUUAAACUUUAACAAAACCAAACAUAAUAAAUAUCCUUUUGACUAUGUGAAUGAUACAUAGGGGGCGGGGGAAUGUGGGGUGGGGAAGCUCUGUUGAACCUGUUGGUUAAGAUGAAUGAUUUUAACGAUAUAGUAUUAAGAACGUGGCUUGCAUAAAUUUGUUACUGUAACUGUUUUAACACUUGUAUAUAGCAGUAAUAACCCUUGUUUAUAAGAGAGACAACCUAAACAGCACCCUUUUCAAUGGCCAGAAAUCUAAAUCCUUAAAGGCAAUAACAUGCAGAAAAUUAACAUGGUGCCAAUUAGAUUCAUAACCACCCAGAAGAAUGUUAUUCAGCCCAAAGUGUCUGUGUCAGGUUUUUCGAGCGCUAUCCAAUUUGUCCAUCUACUCACCUUUCCCCAUCUCCCUACAAAUAUUUAUCCUAUUCCCUUUUUGGAAGUUACUAUUGUAAUUCAGCAAAUGCAAUCACAAUUAACAAUGCAUAUGCUUUUUCCCUUGUAUCAUUUCUCCCUCCGCACAUUAUCUUACCUCUUCCUCCUCUGUUAAUGAUAUAUAUGCCACCUGAAACAGUUUUUCCACAUUUACUGUAUCAAAACUUUACAUAAUUUUGAAUUUCUCUUUCAAAUAUACUCUUGGGCCUCUCUGUUUUAGAGAGAAAAUCCUAGUUCCUCUUGCUUCUCCACCUAUCUGAAGUCUCUCAUCCCUGGUGCCAUUCUGGUAAAUCUCCUCUGCACUCCAUCUAAAACAUUGAUAAUCAUGCUACGGUGCAAUAAUCAGAACUGAAAACAAUAUUUCAAUUAGGAUCCAAUUAGUGUUUCAGGAGAUUUUGCAUAAAUGUUCUUACUGUAUGACGAUUAUUUUAGCAAAGGAUCCCAUCAACCUUUUGACAUCUUUCACAACUUGUCCUGCCACUUAAAAAUAUUUACGUACAUAGAACCUCUCCCUUAUUCCCACUCCAUCAUCGUCUUGUCCCACAUCAGCAUGGUUCUUGCAGUUCCUAUAAAAUCACAGCAUUUGGUUCAUAUUUACUCUCAUUCUUCCAGUUAAAAUAAUCACUUCACACUACUAUAUGACACAGUUCAUCUGCCUAGUGUUUGCUCACUUAACCCAGUCUAUGAUUUCCUGGAGUAUGAUACUACCCUCCUAACUAUUUACUCAAUUUCAUAGUUUUAUUUUGAAAGCCUUGAAAUUAUCUUCCAUGUACUCAUGUCCAGGUCAUUAAUAUAUAUUGAAAAAAAAAGUCCAAGAUGAAUAUCAUUUCUUUCCUUUUUGAAAAGCAAUCAUUCACAAUUGCUUUGUUCUUCCUGUCCCUUAGCCAAUAUUAUAUUUACCCCCUUAAUUUCAAGGGUUUCAAUUUUGCUAACAUGUUCUGUGGUAAUUUGUCAAAUGUUAUUCUUGAUGCAGGUCUUUCCGUUUUGGGAACUGGAUUCAAACCAUCCUGAACUGUUAGGGCCCCUCAUCAAGAGAGGAACUUUGAUCCAAUGUAAAAAUGAGUUAUACUUGUCUUAGAGCAGGUCCUAGGAGUCCUUUACCAGAAGCAGAUGUGGCCUUCUAUUUGGCCUUUAGCUGGCAAUGUCACUUAAUCAGACGUCAGGAUUGUUGAUGUAGAGCAAAGGUCGAGACUUUUCUUUUGAGCUUAGGAUAAAGAUUAAAGCUCGUCAUCCUAUUUCUCAUUGCUGUCAGGAUAUAUGUGGUAUAGACAGGAAUUAAAGCAUUUUUACACCAAUUUUAAUUUCAAGAGACCUGUUGGUCUGGAAAACAUCUGGCAUUUUGUACCUUUGAUUCAAUUUCUAUCAGACGUUAAGUGAGCUUGAAUAACUGGGUUUACAGACAGCACAUUUGAUAACAUUCUUAAAUUAGGUAGAAACUUUUCCCAUGUUACUCAAUUUAUUUCUGAACUUGGGUAGAAGGCCCAAUAAAGAGAGAUUUGCAAUCUUCCCAAAGGAAACAAGAGGCUUACCUCCACUUAAUCUCCAAUAAUGAUUAUUUUUUAGGCUAUAUGUUUUGAUCAUCAGUCCCUUUUUCUUAAUAAUUUUGUUUCAAAUCUGAUUCCAGUUAUGCAAUUUCACAUGUUUAUCAUUCUCUACGUGAGCUAUAUUUUAACCCUGCUUAUCCCCUUAACUGUGUACUUACUUUCUUAAAUCCAGUAUCAGUUGUCAUUACUUGUAUGUCCAAGUCAGAAGGUUGUGGAUUCAAGUCCCAGUUCACAACAAUGUAGACUGAUGUUCCAGUGCAGUAUAAGGGAGUGCUCCACUGUUGGAGGCACUGUAUUUUUGAUGAGAUGUAAAACCAAGGCUUCAUCUGCCCUCUCCAGUGAAGUUAAAAGCUUCCUUUGGCCUGUUUUGAGGAACAGGCAAGUUAUUCAGGGUUAAUAUUUAUGUCUCAGUUAAAGUUAUUACAUCACACUAUUGUUUGUGGGAGCUUGCUGUGUGGAUACCACUUCCUACAAAACUACUUCAUUGGGUCUAAAGUGCUUUGGAACAUUCUAAUAUUCAAUUUUAACAUUGAAUACAUGCCUCCAUAUGACAAAUGCUUUCCUGCAGCGAAGAAAAGCCUUUACAGAAUUUGAUGUUACAAAUUGAAUUUGUGAUAUUCAUCAAAAUGCAAUACAUUUUCAUGAGUUGUUUCCACUUGUAAACAAUUGCAGUUUUCCAUGCUAAUACUGCCAAAUUUAAAAACAUGUAACUCUCCAGCAUUUAUACAAUUUAUUGAUGAUCAGCUUGUAUGAAAUUAAUGGGGAUCAUCAAGCUUUACUUGAAAUGAGCAAUCACCAAUGUGCAUUUGAAUUUUGUGCCAACCUGGGGAAAAUGGUCUCCAAUGGCACUGGAAGAGAUUACCCAAACUGUUAAUUGAGGUGAAGUAAGAGGAAAAAAUUGGUAGAUACCAGAUUAACUACAAUAUUAACUGUUUUAAAAGUGUUAGUAACAAUUUGCAAGGUUUUAUUUUAAACAAAGCAGACAACUGCCAUUGUAGUGAGAUUUUAUUCUUAUUGACUUGAUUAGUGGUUAUAAUUGUGCCAGUUUGCAUUGCUUAAUUUUAUCACCUCGGGUAAAUAUCUGUUUUAGUUACUGUUUUAUGUAGAAGCAGCAGAUUGUCUCUGUCAGUGUCCAUUGAGGCAUUCAUGAACUUAUGCUGAAAUUAUGGUAGUUGGUUUCCUAAUCAUCUUUUGAACUUACUUCAAAACUUCCUGUAAAGUAGAUUUAAGGUACCCGACAACCUUAAUGACAGUUCAGAGAGAUCAGAAGUAGCCAGUCAACGACUAACCCCAAAUUUUAUCAAUAAAGCAGAUUAGCCUGGCCAAGUGAUAAUAUUUGGAUUUUUGUACUGAACUUGAUAACUUGCAGCAAGUUAAGUUAUGCACAUACUCAACUGUCAUAUUAAAUUUUCAGGAUGACUAAGUUACAGAUUUAAAAAAAAAUUUAUUCAGAAGAUUAGACUAGUGACUUAAACUACCUAAGAAGUCUCAGGUUAAACAAAAGACAUGUGAAGUUAGACAUCUCAGAUAUGAAAUGAGGGUGCACAUGGUCCAAUUUACUGGUUUAUUCUUCCUGUAUCAAAGGCACCUGAAAUAUCUGUGUUGCCAUAUUGGCCGGUUGAUGCCAGACCAGAUGUUAGGUUUCUGCAUGAUGAUGUUUUAGUCUAAGUGAUUACAGUGACAGAAAAUUUGCAAUUGACAUUGAGUUAAUUGAGUACAGUCGGGCAGUGUAAGAAAUAGUGCAGCUCACAUGCCAAUAAUUGCCUGGAACUUUUGCAAUUUAAAACAAACUCUUCACCAUGAAAUUCUAGUCAUUUAGUAUGGUGAAUUUACUUUGCUCUAGAGACUGCAUCAAAAAGCAACACAAAGUUGUUUUCUCAGAUAUGGGUCUGAUUAGAGGACAAUUAGUGGCUCACAGUUAAAGUGAAUCACAAUAAAGAUUAAUUUGGCUGAUCUAUCUCAAUUAAAUCACCAUCCUCACAUACAUUGAAUUUACAAUCCUUGUUUAUAAAUCUUACCAAAAACAUUAUUCAAUCUCUGCAACUUUCUCCAGCACAAUUCUGAAUGCACUACAGUGAUUUGCUCUAUGAAACUCCUUGGAAUGUUUCCUACUUUAUAAGUGCUGUAAGUGAUCGAAAGCUACUUGAAGGUUUUAUACCUUGUCUUUAAAUUUCUUUAAGUGGUUUACUGAAGUGCCAAAGAAAAAUACCAAUGCACCAGUAGGCAUUCUUAUGUGAACAGUCACAUGGAAACAAUUGUAAAUGAAUUUAAACAAAUUCUUUUGGGUACUGAGUUUAACGUAUACCAAGUAAAAAGUCACUGAGAUAUGUGACAACCCACUGCUUUAUCAUUACACAAUUUGUUUUCCUUCAUAAAUUCUCAAUUGUACAUUGAUUUUCAUUAGCUUUCCUGUGUGAUGAUGUAAGAAUUAUUUUUUGUUUCUCAGGUAUUAGAGACCAUUAACCAAAUUGCCAAACACACAUUAAUACUUUACAUUAUAGUCCACCUGUGGAUAAGUGUACACUGCAUUAACUUCUGAUAUAUCUCUGCACAAUUCCUUUUCCAAGCCAAUGUACAAAAUGGUCCUUUGGUCAUAAAAUAACUUUGCACCUUGAAUCUUUAUUCACAUUAGAUAAAUCUCUUUUUUUGAUGGUUUGGCUAAAUUUAAGGGAUUAUUUUUAUAGGAUUGAACAGAAGUUAUGAUCUUGCAAAGAUCUAAUAGCCUAAUCAAAAAUCUGUUGAAACUUUACAAUCUGUAUUCUAACAUAGAAUUUUAAUUUAAAAAACUAUUAAAUUUGUAUCUUUUUGUUAAAAACACAAUCAAAUAGUUAUUUCAUUCAAGAAAAAAAGCAUAUUCAAGGAAGACAACCCAGAAGAUUCCAGUGUGGCAAAAUGGUGCACUUUGUAAUACUCCCUCUCCACCAAGGUUCAUGGUUAUAAAGUACAGUACAGUUACAGUGGUGCUUAUGUUGUGCUAAAAUAGUGUCCACAAUCAGUGAUGUAUAGAAAAUAUAAAUAAUUAAGUGAACUACUGUCUUUACAUCUUGGUUUAUUUGUUCUUAAAGAACAAAUGUUCUGUUGUUGUUAUCAGUAAUCUUGUGCCUGUGUACAAUAAAUUCUCAAUAAAGAUGUGUUGGUGCACAUAA